AUGAUGAAGGAGGCAAUAAAUUAGGCAAUUGGGUGGAACUAUCAGAUGGUUUUUCUGAAGGUUCUUAAGUUACUUACGUCGGUGUAUAUAAAAGUGGAACAAAAAUCGGUCAAUGGAAUAUUUGGUACAAGAUGGAGUAUGGUGAUGAGAAAAAAGAAAGGCUGUAAAAAUUCUAUAUAAAACUUGCAUUUAAUAAUGAAAACGAUUAUUUUUUUUAGUGGAGGCGGAUCGUAUGAUGAAGAAGGCAAUAAGUUAGGAAAUUGGGUGGAAGUAUCAGAAGAUUUUUCUGAAGAAUCUUAAGUCACUUAUGUUGGAGUGUAUAACAAUGGAAAAAAAGUUGGUAGAUGGGAUAUAUGGUAUCAGGAGGAUGAUGAAAACAUUAAAAUGUAAGAAAUAAAAUACAAAUGGAGGGGGAUAAUAUACUGA